AUUCAAACGAGAAAGGAGACAGAGCUUUAUAAGAAGGCAGAACUUGAGGCUAUUGAACGUUUACGUUUGGAGGAAUUACGUCGUACUUUCGAUCGACAAAGACGACUUGAUACUCGACGGCUUGAGGAACAAGCUAAGGCUCGACUUCGCGAGAUGAAAAUUCACCAGAAAGAAGUUUCAGAAGAGGCGACUAGACACGCGGAAGCCACAGAAACUCAUCUAGAAGCUAUUCGUGCAAAAUACGUCGAUGAGAAUUAG